CACAAAGAUGACAUUUUGAUAUAAUAAAUUUUAGUAUUUUUUUAUCUGGUGGAUUCUAGAGCUGAUCUGACAGGUUUGCAGUUGCAAUCAUGUGUUCUCAUUCUAUGUUUAGCUUUUGUUAAUCCCUAGUGUCUCUGAAUGUGUAAUGUGGCAUUAGAAAAGAUUUUCUUAUGUUUCUUUUUGUAACUUGAUCAACCAUUGAAGAUCAAUUGGUGACCAAAACAGAUCUUGAAGAAAUUACUCUGACGCUUACCGCAGAUCUAACUGUUUUGACUGAACUUAUGGUAGAUUUAGAAAAUCAAGGGUUUAAGUUCUGUAGAAGAAGAACCCUACAAGGAAAACGUAGUUGAUCAUGGGAAUCGACAUAACCAUGAUUAUCGAGUGAAGAUUGAUAUUCCAUUAUUCUAUUGAACAAUAAUGAGAGUGGAGGAGUUUUUUGGAUUUACUCAUUGACAUCGACAGGUUCUUCGAUGUUACGGGCAUUCCUAAGAACAAGCAAGUUAAGAUGGUGGUGAACAAGCUGAAGAGUAUUGCUGUUGUCUGGUGGGAUAAACUUGUUGUUUAGAGGCAUGGACAAAGGAAGAGGCAUGUCAGAACUUGACGAAGAAUGAAACAAUUGAUACUGAAGCAAUUUUUAUAGGAAGAUUAUGAGGAAAUUUUUUAUAAGAUGCAUAUUGAGUGUCUUCAAGGCAAGAGAACUACGACUGAAUACACAACUGAGUUCUGGCAUUUUUCUAAGAGCAAUGAAUUGGGAGAAUCAGAUAAUCAUUAAGUAGCUCGAUACAUCAGUGGCCUAAAGAAAUUAUGGUCGAAGAAGAUGGAUUUACAAACUGUAGAUUUAUCGUAACUGACUAUUUCAAAAAUAUUAUUAGAUAAUAAAAAGUUUUAUGAUUUUAAAGAAUAAUUUUGAAGUAAAAUAAUUAAUUUUAUUUUAAUAUCUUCCUAUCUCCCAACAAGUGAGAAGACAGGUUGAUAUAUAAAUAAAGUAACUCAUUCAUUCUCUUCCAUUUUAAACUUCAUCUUUAUCAUACUUUGUGUGGCCUCUAAACCUUUUCUCAUCAUUCCACUUAAUUUCUUCCACCUCUCAAUCAAAUUCUCUUUUGAGAAGAUAUAGUCUUCAUUUGUUUACUUAGACGUACACUUAUAUUAGAGGUUCUCUACGUUCAUAGUCUCUUCACACGAUUACAAGAUUUUCUUAAAGAUUAUACUCUAUUCACACAUUUACAGAAAAAUCAUGACAGAACUAGUUGCUGGAGCAUUUCUUUCGUCUUUCUUUCAAGUGAUUUUUGAUAAGUUGGCUUCAAGUAAUUUCACAGACUAUUUCCGUAGAGGAAAACUUGACAAGUUGGUAGAGGAACUUGAGUCUACACUCGAGUCUAUCAACCAAGUGUUGGAUGAUGCAGAGAUAAAGCAAUACCAAAUCCCAAAUGUCAAGAGAUGGCUUGGUAAUGUUAAACAUGCUAUGUAUGAGGCUGACCAACUACUGGAUGAGAUUGCCACUGAUGCACCGUUGAAGAAGAUGAGAGUCGAAUCUCAACCCUCCACCAGCACUAUAUCCAACUUCAUUCCAACUUUUACUAAUCCAUUUAAAUCUAGGCUCAAAGAAUUGAUAGAGAUCCUAGAUUCUCUUGCAGAGCAGAAGGAUAAGCUGCAGCUGAAAACAAGAGUGCGUGCUUAUAAUGGAGAUGGAGCUGAUUCGAAAUUUUCAGAAAGACUACCAACUACAUAUUUGGUGCAUGCGUCCCAGAUAUAUGGUAGAGAUGAUGAGAAAGAUGAAAUGGUCAAACUUUUACUUUCAAACAAUGACAGUGGCAACCAGACACCGACACCUGUAUCUAGCAUAGUGGGUCUGGGAGGGAUGGGCAAGACCACCUUUGCUAAGCUUGUGUACAAUGAUAGUAGGAUUGAAGAUCAUUUUGAACUUAAAGCAUGGGUUUAUGUUUCUGAAUCUUUUGAUGUUGUUGGACUCACCAAAGCAAUUCUCAAGUCAUUUCAUUCUCCAGUUGAUAAUGAAACUAUUCUCAAUUUACUUCAACAGAGACUACAACUCAUACUAGCAGGCAAAAAAUACUUGCUGGUUUUAGAUGAUAUCUGGAACGGUAAUGCAGAAUUUUGGGAGCAAUUACUACUUCCUUUUAACCAUGGAUCUUAUGGAAGUAAGGUUAUAGUAACAACACGUGACAAGGAGGUAGCAAAUGUUUUGAAAUCCACCAAGUUACUAGAUUUACAGAAUUUGGGGAAAAGCGACAGUUGGAGUUUAUUUGCAACACAUGCGUUUCGUGGCAAAAAAGUGUGUAAAAAUCCAAACCUUGAAUCAAUUGGCAAAAGAAUUGUGGAGAAGUGUGGAGGAUUGCCUUUAGCUGUAAAAACAAUGGGCCAACUCUUGCGAAAAAAAUUCUCUCAGCAUGAGUGGAUGAAGAUAUUGGAGACUGAUAUGUGGCGUUUAUUAGAUGGGGACAACAACGUUAACCCAAUGUUAAGAUUGAGUUACCAUAAUCUCCCUUCUAAUUUAAAGCGUUAUUUUGCUUUUUGUUCUACAUUUCCUAAAGGUAGUCAAAUUCGCAAAGAUAAAUUAAUCAAGCUUUGGAUGGCUGAAGGUUUGUUGAAGUGUUGUAGACAAGAAAAAAGUGAAGAAGAGUUGGGUAAUGAAAUUUUUGGUGAUCUUGAGUCAAUUUCAUUUUUCCAACAAUCAACGAAUGAUAAUAUUUUUUCAUAUAUCCAACAAAUAACGAAUGAUAAUAUUUUUUACACGCAUGACCUUGUCAAUGAUUUAGCUAAAUCAGUGUCAGGAGAAUUUUGUAUGCAAAUGGACAAAGUUAAGGAGGAAGGUAUCCCUGAAAGAACACGUCACAUUAGAUGGUCUCUUUCAUUAAAUAGUACAUGUGUUGAUAAAAUACUAGAGUCACUUUGUGAGCUUAAAGGACUACGUAGUCUGAUACUAGAAGGCAAUGGAUAUAUGUUAAUAAGCAACACUGUGCAGCGUGAUAUGUUUUCAAACACUGUGCAGCGUGAUAUGUUUUCAAGACUAAAAUAUUUGCGAAUGUUAUCAUUCAGUCGUUGUAGUCUCUCAGAGGUAGUUGAUGAGAUAAGCAAUUUAAAGCUUCUGCGUUAUCUAGACCUUUCUCAUACUAGAAUUUCACGCUUACCUGACACCAUUUGUUUGUUAUGUAAUUUGCAAACACUCUUGUUGGAUUGCUGUUCUAAAUUGACUGAGCUCCCUUCAAAUUUUUCCAAACUCAUCAAUUUACGUCAUCUUGAACUUCCCUAUUCUGUAAAGAAGACACCAAAGAAUAUAGGAAGCCUAAUCAAUCUCCAGAACUUGGCUUAUUUUAUAGUGGAAGAGCAGAACAGAUCAGAUCUUAAGGAGUUGGAGAAACUAAAUCAUCUUCGUGGAAGAAUUCAAAUUAAAGGGUUGGGUAAAGUCAUUGAUCCUACAGAUGUUACAACAAGAAGUUUGAAAGAUAAGAAGUAUUUGGAAGAAAUAGAGAUGACAUAUGAUGGCGGAAGAGAAGAUAUGGAUAGAUCAACUGUUGAAAGCAAUUUAUCUGUCUUGAAGGCUCUUCAACCAAAUAGUAACUUGAAGAAGCUCACCAUCAGAGAGUACAGAGGUAAUAGGUUUCCAAAUUGGGUAAGUGGUUGUCAUUUACCCAACUUAGUAUCUCUUACAUUGGAGAAUUGUGGAUUAUUUUCCCAUUUGCCACCACUUGGGCAGAUCCCUUAUCUCAAGAAGCUUUAUAUUUCAGGCUGUCAUGGAAUAAAGAUCAUCGGAAAAGAGUUUUCUAGCAAUAACUUCAAGUCUCUUGAAUUUUUAAGUUUCAAGAGCAUGAAGAAUUGGAAGGAAUGGUUAUGUAUUGAAGGAUUUCCUUUACUUACAGAGCUUUCUAUAAAAAAUUGUCCCAAAUUGAAAAGGGUGUUGCUUCCACACCUUCCUUCUUUACAGAAGUUGAUAUUUUCUAAUUGCAAAAUGUUGGACGUAUCAAUUCCCAAUUGUGAUAAAGUCAUAGAGUUGUAUACAUGGAAUUGUAAGCGGAUUUUGAUAAAUGAGUUGCCAUCCAGCUUGAAAAGGUUUGUCCUUCGUGAAAAUGAGUAUGUCGAGUUUCCCAUGGUUCAUUUAAUCAACAAUCCCAGUCUGGAAGUGUUGGAGUUGGAUUUCAAGGACAUUGUAGAAUGUCCCUCAUUGGAUUUGUGUUGUUAUAAUUCUCUUUGGAGACUUUCAAUAACAGGAUGGCAGUCCUCCUCCUUGCCUUUUUCACUACACUUGUUCUCCAAUCUUAGUGAUCUAAAGUUGCGUAAUUGUCCAGAAUUAGAAUCUUUUCCUAUGGGAGGUAUCCCUUCCAACUUGAUCAAACUUGGAAUAUUUAAUUGUCCUAGUCUUGAGCACUUGCCAGAGGAGUGGGGUUCCCUUUCUCAGUUGGAGAUUGAAGAUUGUCCAUUACUUAAAGAGAAGUACCAAAAGGAGUGAGGAGAACAUUGGCAUACAAUUAGUCACAUCGCUUUUGUGAUAAUUGAGCCAGGGGAAAUGAGUGACAGUGACGAGUCUAUGUAAGCCGAUCCAAUUGGCAGACGUUUCCAGAUGGAGUCAGGCUUAAGUUAUUUAUUUAAAUGUUUGAUGUUUUUUCCGUAUAAAACUUAUUAGUUAUGAUGGAGUUGGAAUGUUUAAUGUUAAUUGUCGAGUUUUCAUUUUUGUUGUUAAAGUAAAAUUGAACUAACAGUCCAUUUUCAAAGAGGCCACUGUAUAAUAUAAUAGGUCGUCUUCAGUUCUCAAUGUCUUUGUACUGAUAAUUUUCAUUGAUGUCAGCUAUGUUUAGCAGUUAUGAGUUAUGUUUAGCAGUUCUUGAAAGAUGUCGGCUAUGUUUAGCAGUUAUGAGUUAUGUUUAGCAGUUGUUGAAUUAAAUUGUAUUUUGGUACAUAGCUCGCUCCAUUUUAAUUGGCAAAAGCUUUGUCUAGCAUAAAACU